CUCCGUGGAGCGGAGAGCGAGCGAGAGCUAGAGCGAGCGAGAGAGCGGCGAAGGCGGGCAGAGGGGCGCGGGCGAGGCGGCGCUGCCAUCCCCGGGCCCGGCGCCGCGCCGCCACCAUGCUAAACAACCUGACGGACUGCGAGGACGGCGAUGGGGGAGCCAACCCCGGUGAUGGCAACCCCAAAGAGAGCAGCCCCUUCAUCAACAGCACUGACACAGAGAAGGGGAAGGAGUACGAUGGCAAGAACAUGGCCUUAUUUGAGGAGGAGAUGGACACCAGUCCCAUGGUGUCCUCCCUGCUCAGUGGCCUGGCCAACUACACCAACCUGCCCCAGGGGAGUAGGGAGCAUGAAGAGGCAGAAAACAACGAGGGUGGAAAGAAGAAGCCAGUGCAGGCCCCCCGCAUGGGCACCUUCAUGGGCGUGUACCUGCCGUGCCUGCAGAACAUCUUCGGUGUCAUCCUCUUCCUGCGGCUCACCUGGGUGGUGGGCAUCGCGGGCAUCAUGGAGUCCUUCUGCAUGGUCUUUAUCUGCUGCUCCUGUACGAUGCUCACGGCCAUCUCCAUGAGUGCCAUUGCCACCAACGGUGUCGUGCCUGCUGGCGGCUCCUACUACAUGAUUUCCAGGUCUCUGGGCCCAGAGUUUGGGGGCGCCGUGGGCCUCUGCUUCUACCUGGGCACUACCUUUGCUGGGGCCAUGUACAUCCUGGGCACCAUCGAAAUCCUACUGGCUUACCUAUUCCCAGCAAUGGCCAUUUUUAAGGCAGAAGAUGCCAGUGGGGAAGCAGCAGCUAUGUUGAACAAUAUGCGUGUGUAUGGCACCUGUGUGCUCACCUGCAUGGCCACCGUGGUAUUUGUGGGUGUCAAGUAUGUCAACAAGUUUGCCCUUGUCUUCCUGGGUUGUGUCAUCCUCUCCAUCCUGGCCAUCUAUGCUGGGGUCAUCAAGUCUGCCUUCGACCCACCUAACUUCCCAAUCUGCCUCCUGGGGAACCGCACACUGUCUCGCCACGGCUUUGAUGUUUGUGCCAAGUUGGCUUGGGAAGGAAAUGAGACAGUGACCACACGGCUCUGGGGCCUUUUCUGUUCCUCCCGCUUCCUCAACGCCACCUGUGACGAGUACUUCACCCGAAACAAUGUCACAGAAAUCCAGGGCAUUCCUGGAGCUGCCAGUGGCCUCAUCAAAGAGAACCUAUGGAGCUCCUACCUGACCAAGGGGGUGAUUGUGGAGCGGCGUGGGAUGCCCUCAGUGGGCCUGGCAGAUGGCGCCCCUGUUGACAUGGACCAUCCUUAUGUCUUCAGUGAUAUGACCUCCUACUUCACCCUGCUGGUUGGCAUCUACUUCCCCUCUGUCACAGGGAUCAUGGCUGGUUCUAACCGCUCCGGGGACCUGCGGGAUGCCCAGAAGUCAAUUCCCACUGGCACCAUCCUGGCCAUCGCCACCACCUCUGCUGUCUAUAUCAGCUCCGUUGUUCUCUUUGGGGCCUGUAUUGAGGGGGUCGUUCUGCGGGACAAAUUUGGUGAAGCUGUGAACGGCAAUCUGGUGGUGGGCACGCUGGCCUGGCCAUCCCCUUGGGUCAUCGUCAUCGGAUCAUUCUUCUCCACUUGUGGGGCUGGGCUGCAGAGCCUGACGGGGGCUCCCCGCCUGCUGCAGGCCAUCUCCCGCGACGGCAUAGUGCCCUUCCUGCAGGUCUUUGGCCAUGGCAAAGCCAAUGGCGAGCCCACGUGGGCCUUGCUCCUGACCGCCUGCAUCUGCGAGAUCGGCAUCCUCAUCGCAUCCCUUGACGAGGUGGCUCCCAUCCUCUCCAUGUUCUUCCUGAUGUGCUACAUGUUUGUGAAUCUGGCCUGCGCGGUGCAGACGCUGCUGAGGACACCCAACUGGAGGCCACGCUUUCGAUAUUACCACUGGACACUCUCCUUCCUGGGCAUGAGCCUCUGCCUGGCCCUCAUGUUCAUCUGCUCCUGGUACUACGCCCUCGUGGCCAUGCUCAUCGCUGGGCUCAUCUACAAGUAUAUUGAGUACCGCGGGGCCGAGAAGGAGUGGGGCGAUGGGAUCCGGGGCCUGUCCCUCAGCGCUGCUCGCUACGCCCUCUUGCGCCUCGAGGAAGGGCCGCCCCACACCAAGAACUGGAGGCCACAGCUGUUGGUGCUGGUGCGUGUGGACCAGGAUCAGAACGUGGUGCACCCACAGCUGCUCUCGUUGACCUCCCAGCUCAAGGCAGGGAAGGGACUAACCAUUGUGGGCUCUGUCCUUGAGGGCACCUUCCUGGAAAACCAUCCCCAGGCCCAGCGGGCAGAGGAGUCCAUACGGCGCCUGAUGGAGGCAGAGAAGGUGAAAGGCUUCUGCCAGGUGGUGAUCUCCUCCAACCUGCGUGACGGCGUGUCCCAUCUGAUCCAGUCGGGGGGCCUCGGGGGGCUGCAGCACAACACCGUGCUCGUUGGCUGGCCCCGCAACUGGCGGCAGAAGGAGGAUCACCAGACCUGGAGGAACUUCAUCGAGCUGGUCCGGGAAACCACAGCUGGUCACCUGGCCCUCCUGGUCACCAAGAACGUCUCCAUGUUCCCGGGGAACCCCGAGCGCUUCUCCGAGGGUAGCAUCGACGUCUGGUGGAUCGUGCAUGAUGGGGGGAUGCUCAUGCUGCUGCCUUUCCUGCUGCGGCACCACAAGGUCUGGCGGAAGUGCAAGAUGCGCAUCUUCACCGUGGCUCAGAUGGACGACAACAGCAUCCAGAUGAAGAAGGACCUGACCACGUUUCUGUACCAUCUGCGGAUCACCGCAGAGGUGGAGGUCGUGGAGAUGCAUGAGAGCGACAUAUCGGCUUACACCUACGAGAAGACACUGGUGAUGGAGCAGCGUUCCCAGAUCCUCAAACAGAUGCAUUUAACCAAGAAUGAGCGGGAGCGGGAGAUCCAGAGUAUCACAGAUGAGUCUCGUGGCUCAAUCCGGAGAAAGAACCCAGCCAACACCCGGCUUCGCCUCAACGUCCCAGAGGAGAUGGCUGGGGACAGCGAGGAGAAGCCAGAGGAGGAGGUGCAGCUGAUCCAUGACCAGAGUGCUCCCGGUUGCCCCAGCAGCUCACCUUCUCCCGGGGAGGAGCCUGAGGGGGAGGGCGAGGCAGACCCUGAGAAGGUGCAUCUCACCUGGACCAAGGACAAGUCGGUGGCAGAGAAGAACAAGGGUCCCAGCCCCGUCUCCUCCGAGGGCAUCAAAGAAUUCUUCAGCAUGAAGCCGGAGUGGGAGAACUUGAACCAGUCUAACGUGAGGCGCAUGCACACGGCGGUGCGGUUGAACGAGGUCAUUGUGAAUAAAUCCCAGGACGCCAAGCUCGUUUUGCUCAACAUGCCGGGGCCUCCCCGAAACCGCAACGGUGACGAAAAUUACAUGGAGUUCCUCGAGGUCCUCACCGAGCACCUGGACCGGGUGAUGCUGGUCCGCGGCGGCGGCCGCGAGGUCAUCACCAUCUACUCCUGAGAGCCAGGACCUGCCCCCAGGGCCCGAGCGCGCCCGGCCCGUGGCCCCG